ACACAUCACAAGUGGGUUGCAUUUAUGCUGCAUUGUCUUAAGUUUGUUUUAGGUUUAUUGGCGUCACCUUUGUUUUGAAAUGCCUCCCAAAAAAGCUUCUGCAGAGCCAACUGCUGCGGUCCUAAAGGAUUCUGAGAUUGAAACCGCGGAAACAAAAACAGAUGCUUCUGAAAACUCAAGCAGUAAGGCAGCUGGACGGAAAGUUCCUACGCACCCGUCCACGAUGGAGAUGGUGAAAGAAGCUCUGAAAGAGUUGGACUCCAGAAAGGGUGUUUGGCUCAGGCCAUCCGGGUUACGUAAAGAAAAAUACACAACUGUAGAUGAGACGAGGCUGAAGUUUAUGGUGCGUCGAACCCUGAACAAAGGCAUUGAGACUGGUGUGUUUGUGAGAGACCUGCAAAUUCUGGGGACGACAACAACAGGGGCCCAAGGACGCUUCCGGAUUGCUGCUAAGACCAAAGCAAAGGAGGCCAAGGUGCAGUCAAAGGAAAAUGCAGAUCCCAAUGCACAGAAAGCACCUAAACCUAAGAACGCUAAGGCAACUAAAGCAAAGGGUGAAGGGGCAAGCAAAGAAAAGAAGCCCACAAAGAAAAAGGCCGCAGACGAUGCUAAGCCUAAGACGCCUGAAGAUGGCACUGCCUCAAAGGUGGCCCCUGCUAAGAAGCCAAAGGCGAAGAAUGCUGCAGGGGAGGGUGGAACUGAGCCCAAACCGAGCAAAGCUAAAAAAGCCUCUAAAGCAUCAAAAGGAGCUGAGGAACCAGCAGCUAAGAAAGCCGGAAAGAAAACUGCAGCAAAAGCAGAGGAGGGUGAAUCGAGAGAAAAGUGCUGCAGCCGCUACCAAAGCCCCGGGAGACGAGGAAAGAAGUGAUGCAGGGACUCAAACGUGUUUUAAUUCACUGCGUAGUUUUAUCUGUGCACUUAUUUGCCAAAUAAAGAUUUUUACUUUUCAA